UUUAAAAAAGGAGAGCCAAUAUACACACUAACAUACAUACCCACGGCUACUAUAUGAAACAAUGUUCCAAACGAAAAUGAUUUUGAAGUACAUUUACAAACAAAGACUUCUAACUUAUGGAAAUAAUCUCUUGAAUUCAAGAUUCAAUACUUUUUCUUGUUCAAUUUCCACUAAGUCAUCUAAGUUUCACAAAUCCAAGAAAACUGAAAACACCAAUUCAAAAAACAAGAAUGAACCCCAGAAUUUCACUUCACUCUUUAAUGAGAUUAGAGAUAUUUUAGGUACAGAUAAUGUAAUGGUAAAUGAAAACCCAUAUGAAUCUACAAAUUUAAAGGAAACCCAAGUUGUGGAUUCAUUAAAUUGCACGCUAAGUGUUCGAGAAAAUGCCAAGCAGAGUAAAGACUUGGAGAUUUCAUCAAACAACAACAGCAGCAUAGCCAGUGUAAUCCAACAAGUGGGGUUUGAGAAAGGUAGAGUGUACGCAGACGUUACCCUUACCUUGGGAGGCAGAGAGACUGUUUCCGAUAAUGUUCAUGAAAACGCCAAGCAGAGUAAAGGGCUGUUGGAUUCGCCAUAUAGCGACAACAACAACAUACCGAGUGUAAUCCCACAAGUGGAGUCUGUGGAAGGUAGAGUGUACACAGACCUUACCCCUGUCUUGGGAGGCAGAGAGACUGUUUCCGAUAAUGUUCAUGCAAAUGCUAAGAAGAGUACAGAGUUGGAAAUGCGAAAUUUACAUGAAAAUACUCAGAUGGAAGCUUUGAUGAAAAGUGAUGUUAGUCCUAUUGUUCAUAAGAUUACAGGGAUAUUGAGGAGUGAAUGUGAUGUGAUUUCCAUGGAAGAAAAGUUGGAAAGUGUGGGUUUUGAGUAUAACGAGGAGGUCGUCGAGAAGGUUUUAAAGAGAUGUUUCAAAGUUCCUCAUUUAGCUUUGAGGUUCUUCAAUUGGGUGAAAUCAAGAAAAGGGUUUAGUCAUACUACAUCGACUUAUAACACGAUGAUUUACAUGGCUGCGGAAGCUAAGGAGUUUCGGUUGGUUGACGAAUUGGUGGAAGAAAUGGAGACGAGUUCUUGCCAGAAGAAUCUUAAGACGUGGAGCAUUUUGUUGUCGCAUUAUGGGAAAGCGAAGUUGAUUGGCAAAGCGUUGUCGAUGUUUGAACAGUUGAAGAAACUCGGUUAUGAGCCUGAUUUAAGGGCUUAUAAGAUUAUGCUGAGUUCGCUUUGUAAUGCUGGAAAAGCGGACAUUGCUUUGGAGUACUUCAACGAGAUGAUCCACAAAGGCUUUAUAUUGGAUGCAGCUAUGGUUGGACAGUUGCUCAAAUGCUUGGCUAACUCUGGAAAUAUUGCUGGGGUCCACAAAGUUGGCGACGACAUGAUAAGUUUUUCUAGUAUUCCAGAAAACCACGUGUAUGGCCUUAUGCUGAAGAGUUUCUGCAUUGCGGGGAGAAUUACAGAAGCUUUGGAAUUGAUUCGUGAUUUAAAGAAUAAAAAUAUGAACCUCGACUCUGAAAUUUUUACGACAUUGGUGAAAGGACUGUGUCGGGCCGAGAGGAUCGAUGAUGCAUUGGAGAUUGUUGAAAUUGUGAAGAAAAGAAAUGGGGCUGUUGAGAAUCUUUAUGCAGUCCUUAUAAGUGCAUAUUUGAGGAGAAACGAAAUUUCAAACGCGCUUAAUCUAUUCCAAAGCAUGAAAGGUUCAGGAAAUUUGCCCAACGUCUCGACUUAUACUAAUCUGAUGCAGCACCUUUUCAGGGUUAAUGAGUUUCAGCAAGCAUUGAAUCUCUAUACUGAGAUGACAGAGAUGGGAGUCGAAUUGGAUACAGUUGCAGCAACUGCUGUAAUUGCGGGUUAUAUCAGCCAAAACCGCAUUUCUGAGGCGUGGGAAGUGUUCGAGAAUAUGAAGGAUAAAGGAAUUGUCUUUAGUCGGAAAUCAUACACCAUAUUUAUCAACGAACUUUCCAAAGUGUCAAGAACGAACGAUAUUUUCAAGGUUCUAAAUGAAAUGAAGGCCUCUAAGAUGGUUAUUGGAAACGAUAUCUUCCAGGAUGUUAUUUCGUACCUGGAGAGAAAAGGAGAUACGAAGAACAUCAACAGGAUCAAGCUUCUGCAGGGGGGUCAUAAAGUUUACAAUCAAGAAAACGAAACCCUUGAAGCGAGCAGUCAACAAGAACGAAUUUUGGAGUUUAAUUCAGAAAACCUAGAACAAGUGUCCUCAGCUUCAAAAUUCUCUAUUGAAAGUGAUGUACAUGAGAUUUGCCAAAUUUUUUUAUCGUUAACUGAUUGGUGCUUAAUACAAGAAAAAUUGGAGAAAUGCGACAUACGGUUCACCCCAGAAAUUGUUGUGGAAGUUUUGCGUAACUUCAGGCUGCAAGGUCGUAUGGCAUUGCAAUUUUUCUCUUGGGUUGAGAAGCAAACUAACUAUCGACAUACAACGGAAUCCUACAAUAUGGCUAUUAAAAUAGCAGGACAGGGUAAGGACUUCACUCAGAUGAGAAAUCUUUUUUCUGAUAUGAGGAGAAACGGUUGCUUAGUAACAGCUCAUACCUGGACAAUCAUGAUAAUGCAGUAUGGCAAAACAGGACUAACAGAUAUCGCUGUUCGUACUUUUAAAGAAAUGAAAGAUCGCGGUUGUAAACCCACAGAAAGUACGUACAAAGCUUUGAUCACAUCUCUUUGUCAGAAAAAAGGUAGGAGAAUUGAUGAAUCAGUAAAAAUAUUCCAGGAGAUGAUUCAAGCUGGAUACAGUCCCGAUAAAGAACUAAUAGAAGCUUAUCUUGGUUGUUUAUGUGAACUUGGUAAAUUAAGGGAUGCCAGAAGCUGUGCUGAAUCUUUACAAAAACUCGGUUUCAGUACCCCUUUAACUUAUUCGUUGUACAUUAGACCACUUUGUCGAGCAGGGAGGCUCGAAGAGGCUUUAGCACUGAUUAACGAAGUUGAUGACGAGCAAAAUAUCUUGAAUCAGUAUGUAUAUGGAAGUUUAGUUCACGCACUACUACAAAAAGGGCAGUUAGAAGAGGCAUUGGCAAGAAUCGAAUCUAUGAAGCAGGUCGGGGUUCAUCCAACACCUCAUGUAUAUACUUCCUUGAUGGGCUACUUUUUCAGGGCGAAACAGGUUGGAAAGGCUCUUGAAAUUUUCGUGGAAAUGAAAGAUUCGGGCUGCGAACCAACGAUCGUAACCUAUUCAGCUUUAAUACGAGGGUACAUGAACGUGGGAAAAGUUUCCGAGGCUCGGGAUGUGUUUCAUCUGAUGAAAAAGAAUGGACCAUAUCCUGAUUUCAAGGCAUACUCCAUGUUCAUCUCUUGUCUAUGUAGAAUUGGUAAUUCUGAAGAAGCACUUCAACUUUUAUCUGAAAUGUUGGACAUUGGGAUUGUUCCUAGUACUGUUAAUUAUAGAACUGUCUUCUAUGGACUCAAUAGAGAAGGAAAACAAGAUUUAGCAAAGACUGUAUUGCAUAUGAAGUUAGAUGUGAAAAGGAGAAGAAAGUUUCUAACUUGAUAUUUUUUGUUCAUAAUUGUAUUAUGAUCCAGCU